AUGGCCUGGCCGCCCUCGCCCGCCACGCCCCCGCCAUGGCACGGCCGCCUCGUCUCCCGCUCCCGGCCGCCCCCGCGACACCCCGGCCCCGCCCGCCACGCUCCGGCCCCGCUCCGGCCUCCCCCGCGACGCCCUGGCCCCGCCCCGCUCCGGCCCCGCGACGCCCUGGCCGCCCGCGACGCCCUGGCCCCGCUCCGGCCGCCCGAGCCUCCGGCCGCCCCCACCCGCCACGGCCUGCUGCUGCUCGUCGCGCCCUCCGGCCUGCUGCUGCUCGUCGCGCCAUGCCAUGCACCGGCCUCCGGCCGCCACGGCCCCGUCACGCGACGCCGCCUCGGCCGCGACCGGCGCGAUGAACAGUUGAUUUCCUGA